AUGGAAUCAUACCACGGACUCAUUAUCACAGCACAGGAUGCAAUCAUAUUGGUGGAGGCAUCGAGAAAGAAGCUAAUUCCAACAGUGUCACGCAGACUAACAGACUAUGAAAGAGCAACUCUAGUGAAAAAUGGAGCUGUGUUUGUCUGGAAUGAGAAUAGCAGCAACAUGAAGCGUUGGACAGAUGGCAAAAAUUGGAGUGCAUCCCGAGUGAAUGGUGUUUUUCUCUCGUACAAGGAGAUGCAGCCUACGAGGACCAAAGAAAGAUGUGUUUCGUACAAAAAUAAGGGACUCGUUAAGCAGUCUUUCUCGGUUCCUCUUAAAUGUGGAGGAAAAGUGCAUGUUGUGAGUUAUCUGACGAAUGAUUUUGCCUCCCAGGGGGAGCUUCCACGGCCUUCCAUCGAUCGCCAGUUCACCGGCUUGAGUAUCGACAUGAGUCUAUACCCAAGAACCCUGCUUACAGGGUUCGAUUUUAAUGGCGACUCAUUAAAAACUUCACUCAAGAGGAAACUUGAUGUUGAUGACACUCUUGACAGCUUCAAUGCCUCCAAGAAGCAAAGAUCGUACUCUCUACCUUUGAAGCAGCCUGUUAAGCAGCUCCUGCCUUCACCAAGAAGCUUGUCUGUCACAUCACUUUCGACUUCUUCGAUUCCUACAAGUCCUAGUUCGAGUUCUAUCUCUUCAGACAGCUAUACGUUUACUCCUGUCAAAAAUAGCAGGUCACCAAUUCUGCUUCCGCCAAUCACCAUUUCUGAGAAAAGACAACUUCCACUUUUCCACAGAUCCUACAUUCCCGUCUCUGCCUCUCUCACAGUUGGUAGUGGGAACUCUUCCUUGCCGUUUUCUAGGAAAUUGUGUUACAGUGGAACCGUUGUGGAGGACAACAAGAUUCUUGCUUCCUUAGACCACCGGUUCAUGUAA